AUGUCAGCGCGCCGCGGCACACCGGCGCUGAUGUCGUCGUCGACGGCGCGGAAGAGGAAGAAGUCGAUGAGUGAGAUCGUCAAUGAGCAGUUUGCUGAGAGUGACGCACGCUCCCGUGAGGGGGAUGUGUGGGAUGACGUGGGUGGCGAAGCCCCUCAAAUCGACGACUACUACAAUGACGAUGAUGACUACGAUGUGCCUGCACCAGCGAGCAAGCGGAGUCGGACAGAGCAACAGCAGCAGCCGAAGCGCCUGCGCCGUCGCGGCCCGCUGGAUGCGUCGCUGUCUGCCGGCGAGUACGCCGCCACGCCGGUGGAUGUUGAGGCGGCGAUGGACGGUAUCUUUGGCGCCCUCGAGAUGAACGACGACGACGACGAUUACGCGGAUGAGGACCUCGCAGCUCUGCAUGAAGAUGAUAGCGACGGCUAUGGGGAUGAAGACGACGAUGAUGAUGAAGACGGGGAAGAAGAAGAAGCAGCUGAAAGAAAAAGCAAACAGAAGCGGAAGCGCGCGAGUGGGCGGCCAGAGACAGAGGAGGAGUACGUUGCGUGGCUCGAGGCGCAGCAGGAAAAGAAACAGGCGAGGCGCCGUGCCGCUGGCGGGGACGGGGAGAGCGGCAUUCUCGAGCAGCUCGAGUCGCUGCGUAAGGCGCAAAUGGAGUUGGGGGUGAAAGAGGCGCAAGAGGGAAGCGAUGCCGCUGAUGAUCCGCGCGUGAAGCAGCGGCAGCGUGCGCAGGCGGCGGUGCGGCAUUACGUGAUGCUGUACUCGCAGCUGCUGCGCGUGCGCAUCAAGCUGCAGCCGGCUGUGGCGCGCGCCGUAGCGUUCCCACAGUACUACGCCCUCGAAGACUUCCUGCAGGAGGAGAAUGCCCAGGCGAAGGCCGACGUGGAGGAGGUCGCCAGCAACCUUCGAGAACUGCUCGGCACCUUUCACGCACUCUCGACUGACGGCAAACAACAGCAACAGCAGAAUGCCACAUCUCUGGACUUCAGCGACAUCAACGCCUGCCACAGGCGUAUGAUGAAAGGGGUGGACACGUGCAUCGAGUACUGGGGCGCCAAGCUCGUGCAGCCAAACAGUGCCAAGCUGCGCACCCUUUCACAGCCAUUGUUGCAGCAGAUCCGCGCAAUCCUUGAGAGCAAGGCGCGUCUUCGGUCCAAGGUACAGAAGAACAGAUCCCAUGUGGCGAUCCUGGGCCACCCGGAGCAUUACAAGGCGUCGCAGUCCGCCGAGGGAAAGGCGGCACGAGCACUUCAUAUCGCUGAGGGAGAUAUCGAUGAAGAGAUCUACGACGAUGCAGAAUUCCUGCGGGAGGUGGUACGGCGCGGGGGGGUGGCGAAGUUGGAGCAGCAGCUGCAGGAGAUUCAGAGCAGCCUACAACCGCACGAGGCGCUGGCAAAGCGUGGCUUCCACCGCUUGACAAAAGGCAAAGCUGUCAACUACGAGCCACGGCCGAAGUUGGUGGGCUUCCUCUUGCCGCUGCCAUAUGCGGUGAGCGGGCAGCACGAGGUAAUGGUGAAGUCGCUGUUUCAGUAG